AACAACAACAAGAAGAAAAGAAACAAUACAGUUUGGAAAAGGAGAAAAAGGACAGACCAAGCUUUGUAUAUUCAAAUGUCAAACAUCUCAGGAGAUGAAGUCCAACAGCUUCAAGAAAAGCAACAACAAAACCUCCAUGCCUCCAGCGGCACCACCGGACCUUCUGGGGCCUCUAACAACAAUGGUUCUUCCUCCCAACAACAGCAACAGAAACCAGUUAAGAAGAAAAGGAAUCUUCCAGGAACUCCAGAUCCAAAUGCUGAAGUCAUUGCUCUAUCUCCAACAACCUUAAUGGCAACAAACCGGUUUGUGUGUGAGAUAUGCAACAAGGGAUUCCAGAGAGACCAGAAUUUGCAAUUGCACCGCAGAGGUCACAACCUUCCAUGGAAGCUGAGGCAAAGAACCACCACGGAGGUAAGAAAACGAGUCUACAUAUGUCCUGAACCGACCUGUGUCCACCACAACCAAGCUCGUGCCCUGGGAGACCUCACCGGAAUUAAGAAGCAUUUCAGCCGGAAACAUGGAGAGAAGAAAUGGAAAUGUGACAAGUGCUCCAAGAAAUAUGCAGUUCAGUCUGAUUGGAAAGCUCACCAAAAAACCUGUGGCACCAAGGAAUAUAAAUGUGAUUGCGGAGCGAUCUUUUCCAGGAGAGACAGCUUCAUAACCCACAGAGCUUUCUGUGAUGCUUUAGCUGAAGAAAACAACAAGGUAAAUCAAGGACUGAUGAACAACAAUAUGGGAUCGAACCAAAUCCCUGUAGAACUCAUGAACAACCCUAUCAAUGGUACUUCAAUGGGAGGAAUAUCAGAAUUCAACAGUUUCGAUUCCAAAAACCCUCUCAAAUCUCUUCCACAGGAGCUGAUACCGGUUCCAUUUAAGUCCAUAAGCAUUGGAGGAGGAUCAGGGGCCAUGUUUUCCAGCAGCUCUGGGAAUCUGUUUGGUGGUCCGAGAAGCAUAUCCACCUCGUCUACCGCCAGCCUGCAGCUGAGUUCCAACGCCUCGUCUGGGUUUAAUUACGUUCAAGACAGCAAAAACGGAUGCCAAAUUUCGGGAUUGGCGAACAUGUCUGCAACUGCCCUGUUACAGAAAGCAGCUCAGAUGGGUGCAACGGCAAGUAAUGGCAUAAAUUCCCCAAUGACGCAGAAAGGUUUCGUCGACACCAUGGCGGGUCAUGACUCUGUUAGACCACCGCCUUUUGAUGCAACUCAGCCGCAAAGUAAUAAUGCAUACGAUAACUUCGCAUCACCCACCGUUCAAUCAAACAUGAUGGGAAUUGGCGGCGGAGGAUUCUCCAACCAGAUCAUGCAAAAGGGUCCACAAGAAAUGUUCCAUGGCCCCCAACUCUUUGAAGCGGCAACGGGUGGCUUAGCCAUGAAUGAUGUGGGAAUGAUUACGAGCAUGUUCAUCAACAGUCGGGAUCACGCCAUUAUGGACAGGGAACUAACAGGGCAGAGUAACAUAGGAAAUUUACAUGAUUUCAUGGGGAUUGGGGGGCAAAGGGGAGCUAAUUUACAUGAGCAGCAGCAUCAACAACAGCAACAAAGAUUGGAACUUGAAGCAAUGAGGCAACAACAGAGGUUUAUGAACCAUUUCCAGCACCAGCUCUCUCAUCGGGAUUCACCAAUGGAGAAGCCCCUUUGGGAUGUUUGAGACUUUGAGCUGUGUGAAUGGAAACUAGCCAUUUUUUGACAUGAUAUGGGGCAAGGCUGCAAAUGGGGUUCUUGGGUUCAUGCCAACCUGGAUAAUAUGGAAACAGGGUCCCUAAUGAAUUUGGGGUUACCCUCAUGCAUGAACCAGAUAUAGCUGCAAGUGAUUAUUGAAUAACUUAGGAUAUCUCGAUAAUUUUUCUUCCUCAAAGAAAUGAACUGUUGUUAU